GGAAUGGCAUGAUGGAUUAUAUGGGUUUGAAAGUAUGUGAAAUCGAGUACAUGUCGUAUGCUUGUUACGAACGAUUAAUGCAAUUUGAAUGUGAAAUUAUGCAAAUGUAUGCUCAUUACCAAGUAAAAUGAUGUAUGCUAACAAGAAUGUGGCGAUUCAAAAAGAGAUCUAGGGUUUCUCGUGGCGAUGCAAGAUCUGGCUUUCUCAAUGACACCAGAUCAACGAAUCUCUCUCUAUACGACACCCAAACGACUGAAGACUUUGACAUCUAAUCAGUGACGUAUGAGCAAGGUAUGGUUCCGGCAAACUGAAGACUUUGACAUCUAAUCUGAAUGGUAUUGGGUCCCCUAUGAAACCCCUUAUAAACGACGAUCACACAAAAUCGACGAUUUUAGGGUUCAGUUUUGGUAAUCUGAUGAGGAAAUUUAGCAUCAUGUUAUGGGUUGCCGGUAAUUCGUUGCAUUAGUUGUUACAAGUGAAGACCCCCAGAGAGACAUGAAGCCCUAGGUUGCUCGAUGUCAAGAUACAAUGAUAGGAUGCACUUUUGUUCGGGGCGUUUCAGGCAGGGAGAGAAAACGAGUUUGUAUUGGACUCGAAAUAAUAAUCAAUCCUUCCCUCUUGUUCCUUGAUGAACCGACAUCCGGCUUGGACUCUACGACUGCUUUGAAGUUCAUUGAACUAUUGCAAGACAUAGCUGAGACAGAGAAGACCGUGAUCACCACAAUUCACCAGCCAGCCAUCGAGCCGACUUUUCCACAAAUUUGAUAAUCUCAUCCUACUUGGCAAAUGGAGCUUGCUUUAUUUCGGGAAAGCAUCAGAAGCCAUGGUAUACUUUUCAUCAAUAGGAUGUUCUCCAUUAAUUUCCAUGAAUCCCGCAGAGUUUUAGCUGGACUUUUAUGGUGGCAGUCAGAAGUUCACAGUCCUAAAGACCUCGAUAAUCAAGCUGGGUUGUUGUUCUUCAUUGAGGUAUUAGGCAUUUUUCCGGUUUUCACAGCGAUUUUUACAUUCCCACAAGAACGCGCAAUGUUAAACAAGGAAAGAGCAGCAGAUAUGUAUAGAUUAAGUGCAUAUUUUAUGGCGAGAACAACAACUGACCUUCCACUUGAUCUGUUUCUCCCAUUGCUUUUUCUCCUUGUUGUUUAUUUCAUGGCAGGCUUGAGAUUAACCGCCGAUUCGUUUUGCUUAACUAUUGUCUUCCUAUGUAUAGUUGCAGCUCAGGGACCUGGGCUAGCUAUUGGUGCUACGUUGACCGACUUGAAGAAAGCAACGACUUUGGCUUCUGUAACCGUGAUGGCCUUCAUGUUGGCCGGUCGUUAUUUUGUGAAGGAUCGGUUUGAUCCAAUUGCUGAUUCGACUACUAGCCGUCUCGAUCUGAUUCCCCACAUGGUUUACGGGAGAAGUUUAAAACAACAGGACUAUGGAGAGAUGUACUGUGCUACACUGACAGUCAACUCUUCAUUUCAGUUUGUAAAGGAGUUUAUACUGCUUAGCAUUGAUUGGUCUUGUUCUUGGUUCAUCAACAGUGGCAAGAGGCUAACACACAUGAGGAGCUACUUGAAACCCUUUUGAGAACUUGGUGGUUGAAUCACCCAUGUACACAUCCAAAUUCAUGAAAGUUGUAUAGUUUAAUAGUUUAUAAUAAUCCAUUUGAAUUCCUUCUGCUUCCA